UACUUAAACUCAAUUAAUGAUAGCUGAAAUUUACUUAUUUAAUGGUAACAGUUUAAGUAAUUCGUUUUAUAAUAAUGGAAUAACUGGGUACCUAAGUAAUGCAUAGCAAACAAAACCAUUAGGUAUCUUCCAGUUUAUUACUGGAAGAUUUUUUGCGCGAAUACCUACGUCAUCAUGUCCCGAAAAAAGAUGUAAAUACUUCGUAAAUACAUAUCCCCUAUGUCAUCGUUGUUUCCAUGGUAACAGUGCAGUAAACCUGAAGUACAAACAAAGUGUCUAUUCAGAAAUUGGUGUUUCAAAUAUUUAAAAAUAAUAUGGAUAAAGAUGUAUUGAGUUAUUCAGUUUUGGGUAGAAUUGGAGAAGGUGCCCAUGGCCUUGUUUUCAAAGCCCGCCAUUUACCCACGGGUCGUGAGGUAGCUUUGAAGAAAAUUCUUAUCAAGAACCUCGAAGACGGCAUUCCGAUCAAUGUCAUGAGAGAAAUCAAAUCUUUGCAACUUAUGAGGUGUAAAUAUAUAAUAAAGUUGUACGAUAUGUUCCCAAGCGGCAUGAGUUUAGUAUUAGUCCUCGAAUACAUGUGUUCUGGUCUAUGGAAAAUGCUGCGUCAUAGCCCACAAGAACUCACACUUCCGAGGGUUAAAUCGUACACGCAAAUGCUGCUAAAAGGAACGCAGUAUAUGCACGCCCACUAUGUUAUGCACCGAGAUCUCAAGCCGGCUAAUUUGCUGAUCAACCACGAGGGUAUUUUAAAGAUAGCUGAUUUAGGUCUUGCUCGGUUAUAUUGGCCAGACGGAGGAAGACCAUACUCGCACCAAGUUGCUACAAGGUGGUAUCGUGCUCCCGAACUUUUGUAUGGCGCCAGAUAUUACACUGAGAAGGUGGAUAUAUGGGCAGUCGGGUGUAUUAUUGCCGAGAUGAUUACAAAAAAGCCGUUGUUUGCGGGUGAAUCAGACAUAGAACAACUAGCGAUAGUAUUGCAACAUCUUGGCACGCCAACGGAAGAAACUUGGCCCAGACACUGUGAACUACCAGAUUAUAACAAGAUCACGUUCCCUGAGUCUCCGCCGAUGUCGUGGACUGACAUAUUACCGGGAGUCGAGCCAGAAGCUAUCCAUUUAGUUAAGUCAUUCAUACUUUACGAUGAGAAGAGAAGAAUACCAGCGAAGCAGGCGCUGCAUCAUCCAUGGUUUCGAUCAAGACCGUUUCCCACCCCACUAUCCGAAAUGCCGAAGCCCACAGGAAAAAUAUCAAGUUAAAAUAAAACACUGGAUAAA